GGCGUGUCACUAAACUCCAAGUGAUUCAUCUUCUUAAACAUAUACGAUCUUCGCGGCAACUCUUCUGACAGCUAGCAAGCAACUCCUCUACGCUCUAAACAAAGCUGGGCGGACAGGAGAGGGAAAGGGGAGAGCUUUAACCCUGGUCUCUCCAGCUGACCCUGAGUAAACCCGCCAGCCAUGGAUGACCGCUCCUCACUUGGAAAAGUCAGCAGCUCUACCGAGUCCGUGGCCACUGUCACCAGUGAGGAGUUUGUUCUGGUCCAGUCCAGUGCUGCAGGGUCGCCACAAGGCUCUGAGGGCAAGCCAAGACUCAAGAUGUCUUGGAAUGGGAGUGAGCAGCUGGAGAAAGCUAUGGAGGAGUUGUUGGAUGAUGAUGAUGAUGAGGUGAAGGUGGAGAAGAGCAAUGUGGAAAAGAUGGAGAAGCACAAGGACCCAGAGAGCCGAGUCCUGGAGCCCCAAUCUGCAGAAACAUGUCCAGCACCAUCCAGCCCCAUCGUACUGGAGGAGGACAGUGUCCAGUUCAACAAGCUGUCCUACCUUGGCUGCACCUGGGUCAAAGCCCCUCGCAACGAGGCAGAGGCACAGAGGGCCAUGGCCACCCUGCGUGCUGAAAGCGCCAUCCCCAUUCCCAUCACCCUGCAUGUCCCCUGUAGACCAGAUGGCUCCGUAAGGAUUGUGGACCAGGCCUCGGGUACAGAGAUCGCCUCAUUUCCCAUCUACAAGGUGUUGUUCUGUGCUCGUGGACAGGAGGGUUCAGUGGAAAGUGACUGUUUCUCCUUCACUGAAAGUUACCGGAGUUCUGAGGACUUCCAGAUUCACGUCUUCUCCUGCCACAUCAAAGAGGCUGUCAGUCGUAUCCUCUACAGUUUCUCCACAGCCUUUCGGCGUUCUUCAAGGCCGGCAGACAUCAGGGACACGCCGCUGUCCAGUCCACCCGACGGCGACCUCUACACCUUCACUGUCUCACUGGAGAUCAAAGAGGACGAUGGCAAGGGCAACUACAGCUCAGUGCCUAAGGACAGAGAUAAAUUCUACUUCAAGCUGCGACAGAGCGUUCAGAAGAAGGUCGUGGUUUCAGUUCAGCAGAUGUGCAACAUGGAGCUGGGCAUCGAGAGGUGUUUUGGAAUGCUGCUGAGUCCUGGACAGAAAGUUUGCAACAGCGACAUGCAUUUACUAGACAUGGAGUCGAUGGGGAAGAGCUCUGAUGGAAAGGCCUAUGUGAUCACAGGAACAUGGAACCCCAACAUGGCAGCCUUCCAGCUGCUGAAUGAAGACACCCCUAAAGAUAAGCAGGUCUACAUGACAGUGGCAGUGGACCUAGUUGUAACUGAGGUAGUGGAGCCAGUUCGCUUCCUGCUGGAAACUCUGGUCAGGAUAUAUCCAUCAAACGAACGCUUCUGGUACUUCAGCCGCAAGACCUUCAGUGAGACUUUCUACCUCAAACUACGACAGCAGGCACCAGAGAGGGUGGGUCAGAGCGAUGCUAUGUAUGAGGUGGUGAGUCUUCAGAGGGAGGCAGAGAGAAGCAAUGAAGGACGACUGGCCUCGCCCACUGAGGAAGAGGAGGCUGAUGAAGAUAGUGACAGGGAAAUCUCCAGCGGGACAGGAGACGUUUCCAAAGACUGUCCUGAGAAAAUCCUGGAGUCCUGGGGAGGAAUCCUCACCAGAUGGCAUGGGAACCUGUCCACUCGUCCGAAGGGUUUGCCCUCGUUGGUUCACAGUGGCAUUCCCGAGCCACUCAGAGCUGAAGUCUGGCAGCUGCUGGCCGGUUGCCACGACAACCACGACCUGCUUGAGCACUACCGCAUUCUCAUCACCAAGGACUCGGCUCAGGAAGGUGUCAUCACCCGGGACAUCCACCGCACCUUCCCUGCACACGACUACUUCAAGGACUCAGACGGAGAUGGACAGGAUUCAUUGUACAAGAUCUGCAAGGCCUACUCUGUCUAUGAUGAGGAAAUUGGUUAUUGCCAGGGUCAGUCGUUCCUCGCUGCUGUUCUCCUGCUACACAUGCCAGAGGAACAGGCCUUCUGUGUGUUGGUGAAAAUCAUGUACAAGUACGGCCUCAGAGCUCUUUACAAAAACAACUUUGAGGAUCUUCACUGCAAGUUCUACAAGCUGGAGAGGCUGAUGCAGGAGCAGCUACCAGACCUGUGGUCCCACUUCCAAGAGCUAAACCUGGAGGCACACAUGUACGCCUCCCAGUGGUUCCUCACCCUCUUCACUGCCAAGUUCCCCCUGUGCAUGGUUUUCCACAUCACUGACCUGCUGCUCUGUGAGGGUCUCAACAUCAUCUUCAAUGUAGCCCUGGCCUUGCUCAAGACAUCUAAAGAGGACCUCUUGCAGGCGGACUUCGAAGGCGCUCUCAAGUUCUUCCGAGUCCAGCUCCCUAAACGCUACAGAGCUGCGGAGAAUGCCCGCAGGCUUAUGGAGCAGGCCUGCAACAUCAAGGUUCCAACCAAAAAGCUGAAGAAGUUUGAGAAGGAAUAUCAGACACUGAGAGAGAGCCAGCUGCAACAAGAAGACCCCAUCGACCGAUUCCAGAGGGAGAACCGUCGUCUUCAAGAAGCCAGUAUGCGACUGGAACAGGAGAAUGACGACUUGGCCCAUGAACUGGUCACCAGCAAGAUUGCCCUUCGGAACGACCUUGACCAGGCAGAAGAUAAGGCCGAUGUUCUGAACAAAGAGCUGCUGAGCACCAAGCAACGUCUGGUGGAGACGGAGGAGGAGAAGAGACGACAGGAGGAGGAGACUGCUCAGCUGAAGGAAGUGUUCAGGAGGGAGCUAGAAAAAGCAGAGCUGGAGAUCAAGAAAACCACAGCGAUCAUAGCGGAAUACAAACAGAUCUGCUCCCAGCUGAGCACCAGGCUGGAAAAACAGCAGGCGGCAACAAAAGAAGAGCUGGACAUCGUCAGGAGUAAAGUAUUGGGCUGUGACCACUGUAGAGACCUGUUCACAACCCUGGGGUCCCUCCAGUCCGCGUCCCCCGGCAGGGACAAGACAUCCACCGAGCCGCUGGACGAGGAGAAGGACGGACUGAAGGAGCAGCUGAGGCACCUGGAGCUGGAGCUGGCACAGACCAAACUGCAACUGGUGGAGGCCAAGUGCCGCAUCCAGGAGCUCGAGCACCAGCGGGGAGUCCUGAUGAACGAGAUCCAGGCGGCCAAGAACUCGUGGUUCAGCAAGACUCUGGGCUCCCUGAAGAGCUCUACCUCCUCUUCCUCCAGCUCCACAUCCCAGACCCCGUCCUCACCAAAGGAGGGCCCCGCGUAGACCACCCUCCCCUCCAUCUCUCCUUCCCCCUGCAGGAUGCACACUAGAGCAGAGGAACACAAGUUGAAGAAACAAGCAGUGGAGAAAUGCAGUAUGCCUUUUUUCAUCCAGUGGCAAUGCGGAGCUCGACAGCUUCUUGGACUGAAAAUAGCUGAUAAGAUAAGGGAGGAAACAGGUGGAGGACUGGACCUGCCACCUGUCUUUCACUUAAUGUUUACGUUUGAGUGAACAAAAAAAAAUGUCUGUUUACCUUCUCCGCUUCACAGGGGAUGAGACAGGUGACGGUGAACCAUCAGUGAGGCUUGAAGUUGAUUUAGAGUUCAGUGGUCGUUGCUGACACUUUGUUGAGUUCCCAUAAUAAGAAAGCUGAAUUAACAUACACAAUGGCAUCCCUCAUGUAGGUGAAUAAUGUAGCUCCACCUUGUGGUCAGACAUUGCUACUGCAGAGUUAUAGUCAUUUUUUUUCUGUGUGAGAUUAUGUUUUUAGGGAGAUUAAGUCUCACAAUUUGGACAAUAUUUCUAAUGUUAGUGAUUGAGCUACAUAUGCAGAGAUAUUAUACGUUCACUGCAUAGAAAUAUAGUGAUCUAUAUUAACCAUCUUCAGCGCCGCAAAGCCACAGCACUCUGAAAAAGGAAUACUGCAUUCAGUCUUAAACAAGAACAACACAAAAAGUUGAAUUUCUUUAUAGUAAUAUAACGUAAACAAUGUUGUCAUAUAAAUAUGUAUAACUAAUUAUUGAUUUUUGUAAUAAUCUUGUACAGUUCUUUAAGAGAAGAAAACCCAAGGAAAAGUUAUUUGUUAAUUUUCUUUCUUUCUUUUUUUUUACCGUUUGGAAUUUGAAUGUCAUCUCUCUAGAUGUUGACGUAAGCACAGUGUGUGAUCGAGCCGGUGGAGUCCAAAUGCUGAGAACCAAGGUGACAACCUGCAGAGAUCUUAAUGGGUUUAAUUUCGCUGCCGUUUCUUCAGUCAUGGGUUGAACUGACUCACGGUGUGUAAUAUCACCAUAACAUGUACUGAUUAGAUUUGAUUUAAAAUCACAGUUCCAGCUCAGGCUUGUAAUUGGCAUUUUAAUUUUCUAUCACUACAUGCAGAUUUUUAAGCAUGCAGCCAUCAUUUUUUGAAUAGCUGUGAUCAGAAACGGACACUUUUGCCUUUCUAUGUCUGUUCCAUCCUUUUUAUACUUUUAAUGAUUUAUUUGGAAUUAGUAUAACACAAUGCCACACAAGUCUCCUAAAAGGUACAUGCUAGAGUACACAUUAACCUUAGUUUUACAUUUUCAGUUUUGAAAUGUUUUUAACGGUCUCUGGUGUCGGCAUUAGGGUUGGAGUUGUCAGGGCUUGGGAUUUUCUGGCAUUUGUUAUUUUACAGACGGAAAAUCCAUCACAGUAAUCAUGCAGUCAGCACAUUAAAGUAGGUAACUCUAUAGUACAGUAUAUGCUCUAAAGUCUCCGUUACAUAGCACAAUUCAUCCCUAAAUAAACGCCUAACAUAACAUUAAUAAGCAAGAUUAGGGUGCAAUUUUCCCACAUCAUUGCCAAACCGUCCUAAGGCCAUUUGCACAGCUGCGCCAACACCUUCUUUGUCAGGUUAACACAACACACUUUUUAAUUAAUACUUUACGCAAUGAGAACAGCUUGUAGAUCACUAAAUCUUCCCUGUGUCCAUGGUGGACUGUUGGCUGUGUUUCUCAGUGCUAACACAUUAGUAAAAACUGCAUGGAUUGAUACGAGCCAACUACUACUGUAGUAUCUUGAAAGUGGGAACUUAAAUCCGGUCUAAAGCUAAAUAGUAAAAGAUCUUAAAUGAUGUAAAGUUAAAUUUAGCAGUUUUCUUUAAGUUUUCUGUAAAUUCAGCCUUGACAAAUUAAUGUCUCACUUACUGGAUAUUUACAUGGGACUGCUAGCUAAAAAGUUCAAACUUAAUUCACAACCUUUAUUGAUUUUGACAGAAUAUAAAAAAAAAAAACUACAAACACUUUCUACUUAUGUUGCUGGUUGCCAGUAUGAGUGUGAGGACCACAGCCAGUGAUAUACAGUAAGGACACAAGUAUUAUUUUGCCGUCUGUGUACUAAGUUGACAAAUAUAAUUGGCCAAAAGGUCUGUUUAGCUUUAGGUGGAAAGCUGCAGUGUAGAUGCCAAAAUGUGCUGCUUUAUUCUCCCCUCUGGUUGUCACUGUAAUCAGCCUUUGGACUCUGACCAAGCCCAUGUGUACUUGUUUGUGUGUGAGUGUGUUUUUGGAUGUGUGUGUGUGCACGUGUGUGUUCUGCAAUGUAACCAAGUGGUUCAAGUUGAAAUGGUUCCUUCUUCACGUGGCUGCCUUUUUUGUUGAUGACUGAAGCCGUUGGCUGAUGAGAGAAAAGCCAUCUGACAGUUGGAAAAAGUCUGAGAGAGUCAGCUGUGCCAUAAGAGCCCCCCCUCUUCUCCGUCCCCAGUGGUCUUCCUCCGUGCUCCCAACGACCUGAACCAACCAUGUCAUCUGAUCCUAUUGACAGAUCUGCUGAAUAUCAUUUUCAGCAGCCUGUUUGACACAUUUCCACCAGGAGCCUCCCAGUACGACCACUGAGCAGCUCGACUGGAGGAAAUGCAUCAAUAUCAUGGAAAAGUAGAAAAAGGAAGCUGACUAUCAUUGAUUCCAGGUGUGUGUUUUGCAUUUCCAGGACAUUCCUUCUUCACUAUCGUGCAUCAUUCUUGUUGGUCACACCUGUGACAGUUACAAAGUCGUACAACCAGUUUAAUGUCAACUGUGGCCAAGUUGGAGAGAGCUCCUCGUCUUUUAUGUGCACUAACACAACAUCAAUAUUUUAAACACUAUUUCAAGAUGUGCGUUUGUUUAAAAGUUAUCCUGAGCACAGAGCAUAAUUAUUUUUUAACUGAUGAUUAUUGUUGCUGAGAGGACAGCUGCCAAUUUAAUAUACACUCUAAUUCACUUCAUUUCAAUGAUGCAAAAGCAGGCGACCAGUCUGAUUUGAGGUGUGAUGUUUGUUGUGUAGUUUACAGUUUGCUGUAACACCACAGUCCUGUUACACAGAGAGGGACUGCUCCUCAGCUGGUCCGACUCUAACACUGUUUGCUGUACAGUAACUGUCUGACCUGCAUUAAUAAAUUUCAGUUUUUCUGUUCA